AUGGCUUCUUUCAUCGAACGUGACGAGCGCUGUAUAUUUGUGGGAAACAUCGAUGCUCGCGUGACAGAGGAAAUCUUGUGGGAACUCUUUUUACAGGUAUCUCAGUAGUUCCGGUAAACUUGCUUUUCAAACCUAGGGUACGGCCCGGGUGCAAAGAAAGUCAUCUUUAAAGCUUGCCAUUCGGGCAAGCUGAAGCUAGCAUAUACUAGCCCAAACGUCAUUUCAACCAGCCCCAAAAACAUGUUGAUGAGCAGAAUUGAUUUCACUAGCUGUAAUUCGAAUUCCUCAAAAAAACUUCACUUGCCCGUCGGGCGAGUUAAGGACAGAAUUUACUGGCCCGAUAGCAAAAUCCAUUAGCCCAGGGCUAUCGGACACUACUUUCUUUUCUCACUGGUACCUUAAACUUAAGGCUCUUCUCUACCAGUGUUAUCUGUUGCUAAGUACCUUUAAAAAUAAUGAUAACUACAAAGAUAUAAAUCUUUCUUGAGAUUUCUCUUUAUCCCACGCUUAUGCAUAAUGUGAUAGAGGGUUGCAACCACAGAUCACCCGAACCCAAUACAUGAUGACUCAGUGGCAUUCCACGUAGAUUACAGAAGAUAGUUAUGCUUUUCGUUCGUGGUCGUUUUUCAAGUGGCAUUUGCACAGAGAACAAAUUAAAGACCUGCUAAUUUCUGCAAAUUUUCCUGUUUGGCUUUAUUUGACCUCUGCGCUACCCCAACGAUUUAAGAUAGCCCAAGUUACUCAGACUUGUGGUGGCCAUCGCAUGUAAAGAUCUCACAGGAGAAGGGCUCACAUGCAUUCCAUGUAUACUCAAUGGAAAUUUUAUGAGGAAAUAAUUCACACAUGAGCAGACACUGCUUGGUAACGUGUGCCAGUUCAGCUGUAAACCUGUCUAUGUCACAUUUAAUUUGUAGAUUACAGAAACAAUUUGCUUUUUUCCCAAAUAUUUCAAACGGUGCGCCAUCUGUUUUGCAGCAUGUACAUAGGGUCAAUCCUGUCACCCCCAACUCUUUUUGUAGCCUAACCUCGGCCCUGAGAAUAUGUACAAAAGAUGCCUAACCCAAGGUCAAGGAGUGCUUAAUACUAAGCCAAAAAUCCCUAAAAUUCCAUUUGUCUUGUUAUGGAGCGUGGCAGGCGCAGAAAAAGACAGCAAAACUCCAGAAUAUGUGUGUGUGUACUGGUAAAACUGGUUUAUCCAGUAUGAAACUUGUCUGACUCAUCCAAAUCACAGGAUGAUCAACAAAUCAAACUUCUUGGCAGAGUCACUUCCUCCUUCCCAAAUUAUCAAGGAAGGAUCAAAGUGACUCUGCUAGUACCGUAACCCUGGGUGUGGUUGCAGCGCCUGACCAGUUACCGUAAAAUUCCAAAAAUAAGCCGCGGGGCUUAUACUUUUCAAAGGCCCUUUUUGAGGGGCUUAUUUUUGGAGCGGCUUAUAUUCAGAGGGGCUUAUCUAAGGAGGGAAAUUUGCGUUUCAAAAUUGAUUGGGCUAGCCUUAUAGUUGGAAGGAAAUUUACCCUUUUGGCUUUGUUUUACUUUGUAUUUGAGGGCAAUUUUCCAAGUACAAGCCCCUGGGGGGCUUAUUUGGAGGGGCGAUUUAACAGAGGGUUUUUUGCGUUACCAGUUUGAGGGGCUGAUAUUUGGAGGGGCUUAUACAUGGAGGGGCUAAUUUUCGGAAUUUUACGGUAUCUGUUAUGAGGAUUUAAAUCAUAAAGUUGCUAAGAACCUUCAUGUAGUUGUUAGGGUGUAAAUGCAUGUUUUAUAUUCUUCUAGGCUGGCCCUCUGGAAGCUGUUCACAUUCCAAAAGACAAAGAAACAGGUCGACAGAAAGCCUAUGGUUUUGUGAGCUUUUCAGAUGAAGUCUCUACGCCUUAUGCAAUCAGUCUCAUGGAUGGUAUCCCAUUGUAUGGCAAAGCAAUAAAAGUCAAUCAUGCAUUACAGAACUCAAAUUCAAAUUCACCAGGUAAUCAAAGCCCAUCAAGUUAUGGCUAUAACUUCCCUGAUGAUGCACAGCUCAGACGACCUCUCUUUGAUAAUCAAAGUGGACAAUUUAGCCCACAGCCUAUGUCUGGGACUCCACCACCAUUUUUAAGAAAUGGUCUCCAUGGCAACUUUCAUCGUGCACAUCCCUCCCCAAUGGGUCCAUGGGAUGCUACAUCACCAUGGCAACAAGGACAAAAUUUUCAAGGAAGGAUUAGCCCACGAUCAGGUCAUUCACCUAGUCCUCAAUUUCCCCCACUUCUGAUGAACAACAGACAAUCCAGACAUUUGGACUUAGCCAGAAGACGGCGAUGA